UCUCUCAAUUACAGUUCACGUCAGUUCUUUCUUCACAAAGGGCAGGCUGAACACCUGAAGAUGAGUUACGUAACGGCUUUUGGCUUCCUGUGUUUGGUGGUGGUGAUACAGUCAGGAUUUGCCGAACUUGUCGAAUACAAGAUACUUGUAAAAACAGGUAAUAAAUUCAAAGCAGGAACUAACGCUAAUAUUUUCAUAAGUUUGUUUGGUUCAAGAGGAACAACAGGCAGAAUUCCCUUACCACAUCAGGAUAAGAACAGCUUUGAGAGGGGAAGCAAGGAUGAAUUUACUGUGACUUCCUUCAACGUUGGACGAGUUAACUCUAUAGAGAUUGGACAUGACAACCGAGGAAUAAUGGCAGGCUGGUUUCUUGAUUAUGUCAUCGUGACCCAAGCAGUGGCAGCAGUGGACGAGAAUAUAGUGAAACCAGGCUCCACAACCUACAGGUUUGACUACAAUAACUGGAUCGCUAUUGACGAGGGAGACCGUUCACUUGUCAAAACAAUAAAAGUCACAUCGACAGAAGUCAAACUGGCUUAAAGCAAUAUGCAGGCACAAAUUCUCCUCGACAGAAUAUCUGAUAUUAAAAUUAAAAGGAAUUCUAAUGUUCGUUAAAAACUAAAAGUUUAAACAUGUAGAAAAUAU